AUGAGGAUGGGCUCACUCGAUGAGCCGAUGCAUCAAGCACGCAUACCGCCGCCUCACCAGCCGCCGCAACGAAUGCGCGUGCCGCCGAAUCAGCCGCCUCAGCAAGACGAGCGGUAUCGGUCACCUGAACCGUCGCACCCUUUCGUGACACCAAAUGAUUAUGGGUUAAAGAUACCUAAACCCAGAGACCUGGACUGGCAUGGAUUUGCUAAGUUCACGGGUAAAGAGACAUAUCCAGGUGUGGGCGUUGACUUUAAAGCCUGGGGAAUGCGCUCUCUGAAACGGCUUGGCGCAGCACAGAUGAUGAGCGGGGGUGAUUGGCCAGAAGAGUUCAAGAUUCUUGCAUUGAGCGGUAAGCUGGAAGGUUCAGCUCUCAGCUACUAUGAGAAGAUUCUACCGGUAUGGUGUGCUGUGUUGAACACACUAGAGCACGUCAUGAACAGCAUGCUGAUGCUGUACAUGACUCGAUACCAUCUACGAAAGGAAUUGAUCUUAUGA